UGGGUCUUCUGUUCUGGCCCGGUGCCGGCGCAAGUGCCUCUCCCCCCUCAUCCAGCUUCCAAACCUUGGAAUCGCCUGGGCCACCCCCCCGCAGAGCCGUCGCCAUGUCCGCCCUCACCUCAGCAUGCUCGGCGAUCCCCUCAAAAUCGCCAGACACUUGCAUGGCCAACGGGAGCUGCAAGUUCUGUCUGGCUCCCCUGACCAGCGCCAACACCUUCCAGGCCGGCUGUGUAGAUCAGACCCAGGGCGCUUGCUCCGGCCUGUCGUCACCCCUCGGCUCGAAUAACGCUCUCGUUGUCAGCCAGUGCGGCGCCGAUGGCAGCUCGUGCAUCCAGUUCUCCAACUCGUCGUCGUCGUGCUCGUUCGCGGUUGGAUGCACCCCCUCCUCCGGUCCUGUGUGCUACCUCUGCAACCUCGACUGUCAAAACUCGCUGAUCCAGUACUGCGCCACCUCAAGCACAAUCCAGAAAAGCGGAGGCUCGUCCAACAGCAUGCAGUCCACCUCGGUUCUGCUGACAAUCGUGCUGCCGGCCUGCCUCGGUGUCCUGGUGAUUGUCGGCGCCGUCGUGGGCUGGAUGUUGACCAGAAAGACGCGACAGACCAACCUCCAAAAGAACCGCCGCAAAUCGGUCAUUUCGAUGCUCUCCCAGAAGGCCGCCGCCUUCCGCCGGCAAAGCACCUUCAAUGCCCACCAUCAAAGCUCCCGACAGAGCGGUGUGCGCUUGUCCAACUUCCCACAGCCACCGGCGGCACGCCAAGGCGGCUCGGUUCAGCGACCCGAUAGCGAGCGGAUGCGUGGCCCCGAAGACAACGCCUUCCGAUCCUAUGCCAGCAUAGCCGGCGAUGCCAACGCGCAGGCCAAGGCGCCUACGGCCAAGCGCUACAACCCCGAAGCCAACCCAAACAGACCCAUGUCACAGCUCUUUGGCAAGAAGGAGGGCCGGAUGUCGACCAACACCUUCCUGAGCAAUCUGCGCAAGCACACGCACGAAGGCGACGACGAAGAGCGUGCCAUCGAUGCCGAUAUCGAACCCGUCCCCCGUAUCCCAACCCUGCACCGCCAGCAGCCGCCCAUGUCCACGAUCCGAGAAGGCCCUGGACCCAGCAAGGCUUCUGUGACGGAAAUGUCGAUGCUCUCCAGUUCGCCGCGCGGAGAGAAUGUCUUUUCGGACCGCAACGCCGUUUCGGUCCGGCGCGAGCCCUCCGUGGUCUCGAACAGCAGCAGCUCGUCGCGGUCGGGUCUCGUUGCUGGCGCCGGGGCACCACAGCCCUCGAGCACCUUCCCUCGCCAGCUGCCCGGUGCCGUUGUCAAUGCACAGCCAGCGACUCGGCAAAACUCGGCGCCGGCGCCCGCGUAUCGGGGUGGCAACAACGUGCGGCCCAUCAACACGGCAGCGGGCGGAUCACAGUCCCCAGCUCAGUCCCCAGCACAACAGCGACGCCCCGCUCCGGGUACAAGCCCAUCCAGCCCGCAGAUCCAGCAGUCGCCACAGCAGCGACCCUUGGCCCGCAACCCGAGCAAUGGCGGCCUGCGGAAACCGGUGCAAGUCGCCAAGGUCGUCCACACCGCCAGGAUCGAAAAUGCCAGCGGCGGUCCAAAGUAGAGUUCAAAUGACUCCCACGCGCAUAGCUUUGUGCCCUCGACCACCCCGAAUCGAGCUUUGCUCCCGCUUUGCCCGUACAUAUCCGCCAGAUUGAUACAUGUCCUCGCGUUAUCGAUCCCCAACCAUCCGU